AUGAGUUGUACAGGGACCCUCCCAUCUCUCCCCGCCACCUUAUCACCAUCCAUUAUUGCUGAGCGAAGGCAGAGAACGGGGAAGGAGACGGAGAAGCGUGCAGCCGGGGUGUUGCGCCCCAAAAAUAUCCCGUUUAUGUCCGACUCGGCUCCCUUUACACAGACCAACACCGCCAUCACGUCACAGAAGACUGCAAUGGCGGAUGUAGCCGCCGAUUUUCAUACGGGCACGUCAGCUCUUACACCCCCUACUCAUCCUUCAAUAGAGCUUGACGUGGUUGUGGUGAUGACCGAGGAGUUUCUUGCGGCGGGUCAAUAUCUGCUGGCGCGUGGGUUAUACGAGGAAGUGAUCGAUGUCUGCUUAGAUCCGCUGGAAAAGGACAUCCAACAGGUGUUGCGUGGGGCUGCGGAGAAGGUUGAGGCGGCGUGGCUUGCGGCACGAACAAGCGCUACUAGAGGUGCAUUCAAUGAGAUGGGACUGCUGGAUGCGGACGAUACACAAGUGUUGCGUUUUGGGGUAGAGAAGGUUACGGCGCAACCCAAAGAAAUUCUUUACCCAUGGCGUCUUUUGGCGCAGUACGAUAUCAUGCGAUACACGUGUCAGUUUUACUGUGUAUACUCCGGGGGUGAUGGUUUCCCGAGAGGGGAUUUAGAAACCAUGAAGCUUGCGGCAAGUUAUAUUGAUGCCAUGACUUCAUGCCUGCUUGGCAUUGCGAGGCUGAACGCAGAUGACAGCUAUCACAUUCUCUUUAAUGGCAGUAUCACGGUGUAUGAGAUGUGUCUUCACAUGCUGCGACAAGCGGGGGAGCGUGUGGGUGACGCCGCUUCGCACGUGACUCGUCACAUUGCGCUUUGUUUGGAAAUAUGCGAAUCUGCAACGCUUAAAUUGGCGACCGUGCGGUACCUGCCGUGGCGUCUUCGCCUCUACGACCUUAUUGCCGCUUGUUAUGAGAAACAGGCCAUGUAUAGUGAGGCGCUCUCCGUUGCGCAGAGGGCGGCACGGAAGGUUCAGGAGUUGAUUCAUCUUGAGUUCCUUGAUACGGUGCCACCACCAGAGGCCAGUCAAGAAAUAUUGAUGCAAGCCAUGGAUCAUGUCCUUUUGACUGUAAUGCGAUAUAAAUGGUACGUGAAGAGCACGACGAUAGGCGGCAGUGCUACCGCAAAUACCGCGUCAAUAGGGGUGACAGAGAAUGUGUCAUUGCCCAAGCAAGGACACUCGGGAUCUACAACGACAUUAAGCGCAAUGGCCGAGCAGGAACUGAUUAUGGAGGAAAUGCCAUCCAAUUGUCUUGAGAUGAUUGAUCGAGCAUGGCAAGUGUUACUCAAAGUGGAGCUGCCAAAGCGUCCAGCGCCUACGACACCUGCCGCUGCAUCAACCUCAAAAGGGAAUGAGGGUAAAUCCAAGGUUCAGGGGAAACAGCAAUCAAAAUCAAAGCAAAAGCAACAGCAAAAACAAGAGGUUUUCAACAAAGAUAUCGUGGCAAGACGAGUGUGGGGGAGGCUAGUGCAGUUUUUGCUGUCAUUGGCAACAGGAUCUACGUUGCCUCUAGGGGCUGGGGACCACGUGACUAGUAGCCCUCUCAUUUCUUCACACCACGCCUCACUGACAACCAUGUCGUCGAUUAAACAACUUCGUAUAUGGGCAGUUGAGGCGCUGGAGUUUCUUGCACGCUUUGCAAUUUGCUCCUACGUGCAGGCGAAUCCGGAUGUGGUGCAGCAGGGAUCUCCCGAGGACUUUGCGGCGCUGGAGUUGAUGUGUAAGCAGCAACAGGAGCAGCGGCAGCAGACAUCGGCAGCCAACGAGACGACGAGCCGCCGGAAAACCGAUCGCGGACUGCGGCGGUCUAACCGAACCCAGGUGGUUGUCCAAUCGAGCACUCCCGCUGCAGAAGAUGAAAUAUUCCUUGCCAGCAUAACGCUUGAACGUCUGUUAUACAGCAUUUCAACUUACAAUGUGACAACACUUGGUGGGGCAGGAGUGGAUGCUGAAAAAAAUCUCACCACAUUAACACUUCACAGCGAAGGCAUGAUGAAUGAGGAGGUCCUGUUGUUGACACUGCUUAUGCAUCGUGUACUGUACAAUGGAAAUGAUGCGAAAUUAUACGAUUGUUUAUGUCAUUGCAGUAUUUCUUCUCUGCUGCAACGCUACGGAGAGAAGGAGGACGAUGUGAAACAGAGAAAUAUUACGAAACCAACAAAUAACAAAAAAAUGGUACCGCCAUCCAAGAAAAUGUUACAGAUGCAUCUUCUGGACACGGUGUGUGUCUCCCUACACCUUCUACAACGAAUGCGGCGAGUGGGUUUAGGGAAAAGAGUACGUCUCAAAGAACUUGCAUCCGUCGCGCAGGAGUUGGAAAGACUCAUUGAACUGUGUGCUGGGUCCACUAAUAGCAGUGCGAUUAGCAUUUUGCAACAAAGCAAGAAGGAUAUUGUGGCCACCACAGCGUCGCCACCAUCCUUACCAUCACCGCCCUUGCAUGGUACAUCUACGGCGCUUUCUGGUAGCUUUGCCGCCAUUUAUAAAGGGCUAAUGAAUGAGUGUGCUAGUCUUCUUCAACAACAUGCAUUUGCCUUUGCACCAUCCUCACUGCAUUCUAAUUAUGCAUUGAACACCCCUUCUCCUACUUAUAAUGUGGCGGCAAACAAAAUGAUGUUUCGGGAUGGCGGCGGAGAGGAGGGGGAAGAAGGAAAGGAGAAAAAAGAAGAAGAAGAAGAAGAAGAGGCGGAGGAAGGUGAGGGGUUUGAUGCGACGGAUAUCUAUCAUAGAGUUGUUUGUGCCUACCUGGGGGCCAAGUUGAGCAGCGGGGUAUCCGAUGGUGUUGGUAUUGGCCAUCUUGUUUUGGCGUAUUUGCAAGAAUUGGAGUUGGAAAUGUCGACCAACCAGAUGGAUACGGCGGAUAAAAGUGACAGAAAUCAAGGUGGUGGUGGUGGUGAGAGUCGUGGUGGCAGCGCCUCCACCAGAAGGGGGAAUGUCAUCUUUGGCCCAAGGGCGGUGUUGGCGAAGGUGUCUAACGGCAAAAGGGGGGAUGGUGUUACCGAUCAACGAUUUUAUGCGUUGGAUUGUUCCAUGAAUGCGAUACGCAGGAACUGCAAUCGAGCACGCAUGGCAAUUGCCUCCAUCCGAAUGGCACUUGGCUCCCUUGCACUGCACUCGAAACAAACACACACGGGGAGACGAGGCGUCAAGGGAGGUAACAGUCUGUUAAAUUUGGCACCCAAACGAAGUCCCGUGCAGGAGACAUUUGUUGGGUCGCAUGAAAGCGAAGAGGAACUAGAAAGAAUUCGUCUGCACCACGAGAUAAGUGACAUGCGAACGGAGUUGACCCGCUGGCUGAUAGAGAUGCGUUGGACCCUGGCCAUUCUUCGUCAACAUUAUGCUGCGUUGGAGAAGCACAAAUCGAAUGUUAAGCUGGUAAUGGAACGGCAGGCAAACACGAAGGUGUAUGGAACCCCGACUGUGAAGGAGGCGAACGUUCUUGAGUCCUUCCUUCAGUCGCAACCAGAGAUUUCGCGUGUAAGUGAGGAUGAGAAGGGGCGGUUAUUAGCCUGGGCAAGAGACGAGGGUGAUGAUCUUCUUCAUGCUCUCAUUCUCAUGUGCCUUGCGCCGCACCAACCGCAGAUGAAAACACAACGUGAAAUGUUGGAAGAAGCAUUUCAUCUCUUGCAUCGUCAUGCGGACAAUAGGGGUCAAACUCAGCCGCUUGGCUUGAAUACAAAGCAGCAAGGGGAGAGCGCCUAUUCCGCCUUUAUGAUUUCGUGCUACGCCGUGUCUACAUGUGGGAAAUUGGGAUUUAAUCAGAUGACGGAGCGUGCAAAGGAUGUUUUGUACUCAGUCUUUGCGAAAAGUGAUAAGGACGACAAAACGCGCGAGGAACCAGACAUGGGGAUGGAAACUUCAAAAAAUAAGACCGCAUCUGAAUCCAGAUAUAUUUCUGCAUCCACGUUUUUACUGCGCACCAAUGAGGAGGUAUUGGCGGUGUCAUCGAAGCUGAAACUUCAGACAAUUGUCUCAGCACUUUUGUGGGUAUCCACCGUGGAGGCAAGUCGCAUUCCGUACCAAAACUUUGAAAGAACUGGUCUCAUGUCUUUUAUUGGAAAAAGUGUCAUGUUGGAUGUACCAUUUGAACAGAGAUAUGAACUUAAAAAAGUACAGUUAUGGCAUAUGCGUAUUGCUUACCAGAUCCAAUUUGCCAUGGAUCUUGCGGGUCGUGUACAGGAUAGUGGUUUAAUGCUACAGUGUGCCUUUGAACUUUUUAACUCACUUCUUCCAUCCCUUACGGAUGAAAACUACUAUCCGCUUUUGUUGCUCCCGCUUGCGACGUUGUGUGAGGCGUUGAUGCGACAACCCACAUCUGUUUGGAGUGAUGCGUAUGUACAACUAUUGGCAGCCCGCACAAUUGAUGCGCUUCUCAAAACUGUGCGGAAGAUGGCCACAGCGGGUCCUGAUGUGGAGUCUGCUGUUCAUGACGCUUUCGAUAGCGCCAAGGGUGGUUUGGCUGUUAUGCCUGUUUCCAUUCAAGGAUGGUAUGAGUUGCUUCUCCGUCUCUUCAUGCACGUGUGGGGAAAUAUCUACAAUCAUCCCAAUCCAAGGCAAAUUCGCUAUCAAGAAAAUGUACGCCGAGGUGCGAUGACCGUGCAGAAGGUGUUACGCUCUGAUCAAGGUGGCGUGGACGAGAGAAUCUCCCCUCCACCGGCUAGCACCAAUGUCCCUCGGGCAACGGGAAAAAAGGCAAACAACGUCUCCGGUGGAGUGGCGGCAGCUACAAGACCUACAACGGGCAACUUGACGGCCCCGGCGUUUCCAGGGGGUGCUUACGCCGUACCCGACACGAUUCUUGACGAUUGUGUCCCAAUUGAAUUUAUGGAGUUGCUGGGGGAGAUUCUUUUUACGGUACCAGGAGUGAAUGCGUUUCUUACGCACUUGUUUGGUCCAAAGGUAGAUGAAACCUCCGAUCGUGUGCAAUCGGUGUUGAUGGCUGAGAAUCUCGUGGGUGUUCCCUUGUGGCUACUGAGCGUGGUGAGGGGACUUACCGACAGGACACCGUCUGUCGUCCUUGACUGCCUGCAGCAGGCAGCCGAUGACCCGCUUUAUGCAAGGGCUGCGGUUUAUGUCGUGGAGCAUCUUCUCCGUCUGGGUGAUAUCGCGGCUGCGCGUCGUGUGGCGACGGAUGCGCUACAGGUCAUUCAGAAACUGAAACAGAGUGUACAGGAGCAUCAGCAAUCUGUGAUGGAGCACAUGAACGACUGGUUGGAGAACGAGGGCUACAUGUUGGUGACACCCUCACGACUCAAGAAGAAGGCAGUAGAGGAGGAAACAUUGCCUAAGGGAAAACGGCAGAAGGGUAGACUCGCCGCAAAGGGAGGAGCAGCGGGAACAACAACGUCAACAGCGGAGGAAAAAAAGGCCCAUCAUUUUGCCGACACCGAUGAACGGCAUUGGACCCUCUCGGAACAGCAGAUGUUACGGCAACUUACGCGGGGUCUCGCGUAUGUGCGUCGUCGGCAGGCGUUUCGUUGGCUGCGAGGUCGCAUUCUUCAAUUUAACGCACCGUAUCAGGCGCAGUUGCAUUUUUACCUUUCCGUGAUCGCCCAAAAGUUGUUGGAGCAGCGACAGCAACGACCGGCUCAAGAAGGUGAUCAGACGGCAACUCCCGUUACGAACGCGCGACCCGGGCAGAAAUCGAGGGGGCGGAGUGAGGAUGCGGCUUUAACGCGGGCUGAGGAGCUGAAGGCCGAAGAAAAGGAAGAUGAAGAACGUUUUAUUCAACAUGCGGUACGCUCGGCGGUGCUUUUUAAUCGAUGUGGUUUUCCUUCCCGUGCCUUUGCAACCGUUUCGCAGGCCAUUGACGGCCUGCGCAUGCUUGUGUGUGAGGAGCCGCCGGAUACGACGCUGAGAGAUGAAGAGUUAUUGUCUCCCAAACAAAACCAACAGGAAGCCUCCAGUGAAGAAGACCUGCCAAUGACGCCUAAAACUGCCAGAGUAUCCUUUGAUUGCGCGGAUUUAGGCAAAGAGGGCAGUCACGCGAUGCAGUUGUCGAUCAGCCAUGAAAAGUUGAUACAAUGGGGGCCGCGUAUACUUCCACUUGCACGUGCGCUGCUGCAGGUAUUCUUCUUGCUGUGGAACGGCUUCGUUGACUACCGCCGCGAUGUGGAUUUUCUACAUCCAGCCGCUGUGAAGGUUGGGCGGAAUGUGGAGCUCGAGGAGCAGUUGCAUUUUCAGGGACGGGUGCCGUCGCUGCACUCGUACGCAACCGCAGCCGGACAGUAUGAAGAGGCCCGUCUGGUGCACCUCGCCAAUGUGAAACGCGCACGUCUGAUACGGUGGCUUGAGUGGCGCACACGUGAGGUCCAAACUGCGGAAGAGAAGGGACGCAGAGUUGUACACCUGCAGUGGCUGACGGAAAUGAGGGCUUUUCUUGCGGAUCAGGUCUCGGCGGGAAUGUCUUCACUGCGGCCGCACGUUACAGAUGUGGAGAAGAGGAUCGCCAAGAUGAUGGAGCAAGAAAAGACAGACGAGCAGAAGCAGGCGCUAGCGGUGUCGCCGAAGAAGAAAAAAAUGAAAAAGAAUCUUCAAACACGUCAGGGUGUGGUGCCGGAGCCUAUACGAAUCGACGGUGCCGAUGCCACGGCGCUAAUUGCACUGCGAUUUGGCUCGGCGAUUCCGGCAGAGAAAAUUAUUGAUCAACUCAUGUUCCUCCUACGGUCCACGCAAUUUUCGUGUCAGUUUGCUUCCCUUGAGCUUUGCCUGGAAGUGCACAAGUUGACCGGUGGAUUCUUUGCGGAUGACUUGUUGCCAUUUGCAUUAAGCAUGCGGCGUAAUAUUGUUAUCUCGCAAGAAGAUGAACUUAUUAAGGAAUACGAAAUGUUACGUCAAAAUGAGCCGAUACAAAAACAACUUGUACGCAAUGCCCGUUUGUCGUGGGAGAAAUACACAACGACAGAGGCGUAUCAGCGUGUCACUCAGCGUCUGUCACGAACGCAAUUGCCAUCCAAGCGGAAUGUUAGGGAAGGCUCAAUAGGGAAGACGUCUUUUGUUGAAACGGAGUCCGCAUCGAGGAUGAGUCUGGAAAUGGCAAGCAGUGUAAAGCUGGUAGGACGCGGGGGGAACUUACGACACCCGCCGCCGCGUGAAGUGAUUUCCCGUUUUGGGGCUGCUACGACAUACUUGCAGCGGCGACGUCUUUUUGGACCACUUUCGGAGCAGCUUUACGAAUUGGGGCGGAUUUACCUGCUGCAUCGUCAGCGUUUAGAGGCGGAACGGUGUUGGAUUGAGGCUGUUGACGCCGCGUUGGAGAUACCAGAUAGUUUGAAGCGUCCUCCUGAGACGUGGGCACAGCUACAAAUUCCAAAGAUUGGGCUUCCCCGUUUAUUACUGGCCGUCAUUUCGAUUACAUCGCUCGCCAUGUAUAUAUACCGUGAGCAGCAAGGGAAAGCUGUGAAUUGUUACUUGCUGGCUGCUCGGAUUCUUGAGCGGUUUCUUGAACAAGGCACAACGAGUAAUUUUCCGCAGUAUUUGCGCGAUUUUGGGGGUUUUAUGCUAGAGGACCUCGUUGUUCUCCCGCGGCUUGGGGAUACCAUGCCUACGUUGAUUCCGCAGUUGGCACAUCACAUGCUCUUCCUUGCGUGGGAACUGCUGCGAUUCAAGUUUUACUUUUAUGCGGCAAUGGUUGCGUCAUUGACCGAGUACUUUGCGCGGAUACAUAUGCGGCAUGUUGCCUUCACCGCUGAGGCACGACUUGUGCAGGCGAUGGCGGCAUCCAAGUUUGGAAGUUACAGGGCCUCCAUGAAAAUACUGCGAGAUGUAUGUCAAGGGGUUCGAAUUCCACGUGGGGCAUUGGAUGGCACGGCACUCCGUGUACGGGCAUUGAUUGAGGGUGUUGAGACGAGCAAAAUUGGAAAAAACACAAAGCGUGGGGAUGGAGGGUCGAACUCCCCUAGUCGACAUGCGGAGCCUCAGGCAGAGCAACAACAACAACAACAACAACAACAGCAACAAUAUCAAUCCCAGGAGGGUCUGUAUAAUGAUGCGGAGCUCCCAUUGACGAGCGACAAUGUGGCCUGCAUCCAAACCUUUUUGACGCAGUGUCUCGGUGUUGGGGUCGCUAAUGCAGUGACCUCGAAUCCCAUGACAUCCACGCCAUCUCUGCUAUCGAAUGUUACUUCUGGAAGUGGUGGAGGCAGCCUACUACAGGAAGCAGUUGCUGCAUGCUAUGGUCCAUUUCUAUCGCAGCGUGUGGAACUUGCUAUCGCGGACUUUCUGGUGACUCUUGGCUCGAAGGAGUCCGCGUAUGUGUGGUGCGUUUUCGCGAUGCAACAAACGUCUUUCAUGGGCGAACGACGUUCGGCUCGUUCACGGAGCCUUCAACGGAUCUCUUUGCAUGGUUUCAGUGACUCAGCAUGUAUUGAGGCGUUAAAUGCCGCGGAACAAAUACUACAAUUGUUGAUUGCCCGGCAACAGGAAAAGGGGCAUACAUCCACGGGGGAUACUCCGCGCAGGAAGAGUCCAGUACGAGAGAGAAUCACCUCACCUGUGCAAGGAGACGUUCAAAUAAAACGAGGUCAUGAACUGGAAGAGACGUACGUGCGCCUUACAUCCAUGCUUUUCCUUGCCAGAAUUUAUACUGCGCGAGGGGAACCUUCGAAGGCGCUGGCGACUUUACGAGCGCUGGUGACGAACUUCAAUGCGCAUGUUGAAAGCAAUAACACUGCUCCCACAGCUACCAGCGCCCCGUCGUACCUCUGGACUGUUGCAACACACAUCUUUUGGUGUGAUGUGUAUGAACUUAUGGUAGUUAACCAUGUGCGGAUUCGUGAAUACAUGGCGGCGCAGCAAGUGAUACGUGAUGCGAUUGCCUUGUGUGAGCAGUGUGGUGAUCCAUUUAGUGGCCGGGUCUUUUCUCUCUACAGCUCCGCCAUUAACGCCAGAACGGGAUCCCUAACAGAUGCCAUUGAGACGCUGUGUGUUUUGCAGAAGGCAUCUCAUUCAUUAAGUUCCGACAACCGUAUUGACAUGUUUCAUGCCUGGAUAUCUUUGGCAGCGGGAUCCUUGAAGCGUUUGUUACAUAACGAAGAAAACGAACAAGGGGAAACAUCCUCUUCUCCUUCUUCUUUUUCGACCUCGUCUGUGGAAAUGUUUGAAUUUGCCGUGAAAGCACUGCAGGAAUAUUGCGAGACGUAUGGGUUGCUUCUUGGAACUGGGUCUCUUCUAGAGAGAAAACAACUCUCACCUUUUCCGGAGAAUUCUUUACCUCGGCGAUUCUUUGUGGCGUGGAAUGUGGAGGCAGUCUUCCUUCACCGUGCAGUAAACCUGUUGGCGGAAGAAUACAUGCGUAUAGGAAAGCUGGAACUUGCAGAGGGGGUCUUACAGCAUGCCAUCUCGGUACUUACACCGCGAUACGACACCUCCGCCCAUCCCACGCCACUGAUCGAAAGUCAAUUUAUACUUGCACGUGUUUUGUGUCUUCUUAAGCCGCAUUUGCUAAACGAGCAGCAAAAUUCCGUGGAUCAUGUGAGAGACGCCAUAUACUCCGAGGAACUCAAUGAGGAGGAUGUGUUGCUUUUGCUGGAUUUACCGCGGCAGCAGCCCGUACGACUUUUGAUAGAUGUUAUAAGGGGAGUGGUGGCGUGUGGCACACACGAUUACAACAUUUUGCGCCUGGCGUUAUUGAACUUGGCUGCGCUACUGUCACGUGCAGACCGAGCGUUUCACAUCAUGGCUGCCACAUGCGUGAUUUUGGCGAAAUUUGUGGAAGAUAUGAGGUUCCAUGUAUUUAGUGGUAUGAGUAUCUUCUCCCUGUACGGCGAGGAGGUCAUUCAUAUUGGGACAGAGUUGGUUGUCCCGGAGAAUAUCACUGCCGUCAUUCGAUCCACGCAGCGCAGUUUAGGAAACGUCUCGGAAAAGGAUAUGAGUGGCAGCGGUGUGGGUUUUGGAAGGGCCGUGACGCCGGUCUUUUCACAGGAGCCACGACGUCCCCCUUCUCGUUCCCGUGAGGAUAGAGAGGAAGCUGCCCUAAAGAACACCGUCACACUGCCUAUCCUUGUCGCUGCAUUUGCUUCCCUGCAUAUGGAGAGAUCGUUGCAGUACGUGUUUCCACCGCGGGAGUUAUUGGACCUCGAAACGGCUUUGCAACUUAUUCGCGCGUACCUGCAGUUGCGGACAGCCCCUCUCAGCGGGUAUUAUCUUUGGUAUGACGACGUCACACGAGAGACACAAAUUAAACAACAACAACAACAACAACAGCAGCAACAACAACAACAACAACAACAGCAAGGACAAGGACAGGGGCGUCUUGGAGAGGGUGGUCGUACACGGUACUCUUCUUUUGCAGGAAUGGAUGCGGCAGGAGGAACAAUGUCUCUCCUUCCACCUAUUGUCAUGGAUAGGCCACCGUCUUUGCUUUCAACCACAACCCUCAUGAAUCUAGGUAUACCAAAGGUGAACACAGUGAUCUGCCAGUCCUUUAUGCGUGAUGUGAACAGAAAUCUCAGUAGUAACGCCAAUGGACCUCUCCCAAGAGGUGGGGAAAGUUACGCACGUGCUGCAGGAGGCUUUGCAUGCACCCUACCAACAAGAGCUACCCAUGCGCCGGCAAUGAUGACAUUUGUGCUCUUUGUAUCACCUGUUCACGAUCCAAACGCCACACAACAUUCUCCGAUCAACGAAAAGAACUCGCAGAGUCAAAGUAAAAAAUCACAUCGCUCAACAACGAAAUCCACCGUGAGCAUGAUGGAGGCAAAAACUCUUAGUGGCUCCGCACUAAUUGCCCACACGUGGAAUGGAACACGAUGCGUUAUGUUUGAGCUACCACUGGAGGAGGUACAGAUAUUGUUUUCCGAAGCUGCGAAAACACUGCAGUUGAUGCAAAAUUUAUUAUCAUUCCCAGUCAUGACGUCAUCGGGAGCAGGGAUUGGAUCAGGUGGAAGUGGAAUUGGAGUAGGAGGAGGAGAAGCAGAAGUUUCUGUGGAAACCGCCUUGUCGCAGCAGCUGAGUGAGGCCUUGGUACUCUUGACGGCAAAAACCGCACCGUCCACCAAUAAAAAAGGAGUACGUGCUGGAACGACCGUGGAGUUUCUGCUCAAUAGUACGUUGGGUGCUACCCCUGGCAACAACAGUAUGGCUUCCACGAAACAGGGUGAAAUAGCUGGCCAGUUGGAAGGGGACAUGCAUUCUGCCCUUCGCACCGCCACAGCAGAUGGCGUGGGUGAGGUACCGGCAGUGGAUGAGGCAAAAUCUAAAAUUAUUAUGGGCUUCAUUGAAUUGUUUGUACGGUCUGUUGUUCCUUCUACUGUGACAGACGAUGAAAUGAUGGAGCGCUGCAUCGAGUCCCUUUUACCCCGCUGCGCCGUCUCUGCGGAGGUGGUAUGUUUCCUGAAGUCCAUGUUGGCGGGCGACGGCGGGGGUGUCGCACUUUUCCACCCGGGGAUUCACGAGUGGUUUGCUCGCAUGGCAAAGUUUGUGAUGGAGCACACUGGAGUUAUGCGUCCGGAAGCACAUGCGACAAGAACACGAACGGAAGGAAGAUAA